AUGAAUGAAUCUGUGAACUCGGGUACAUCAUCGGAGAUGACGGCAGGCAAUGGUCUGGCAUCGAGCGUCGGCGUCGGCGGCGGCUCCCAGGCGUACGGCGAGGCAUGGUACUGGGACAACCGCUACUCGCAGGACUCAUCCACCUUCGACUGGUAUCAGAAAUACCCCUCCCUCGCCCCCCUCAUCCGCCUCUACGUUCCUCGCCGCCACCCUAUCCUCGUCGUCGGCUCUGGAAAUUCGGCCUUUAGUGAGGGCAUGGCUGAUGAUGGCUAUGAUGAAAUUGUCAAUAUCGACAUCUCCUCAGUGGUGAUUGAAGCAAUGCAAAGGAAGUAUCUGAGUCGCCCGCAGCUGAAAUAUAUGAAAAUGGAUGUACGAGAUAUGAGUGCCUUUGAUACGAGGUCCUUUGCAGCUGUCAUAGAUAAAGGGACAUUGGACUCGCUUUUGUGUGGACAAAACUCACAGCACAAUUCUUCUAAGAUGCUUGAGGAAGUCUGGAGGGUUCUCAAGGAUAAAGGAGUAUAUAUUCUGAUCACAUAUGGAUCACCAAAUUAUCGACUGCCAGUAUUGCAAAAUUUAAAUUGGACGAUCAAGCUGCAUGUGAUAGAGAAGCUUCAACCAGGAAAUCAUAAUAAUAGUUCAAACUUGAUCCCAGAACUGACCUCUCCCGUUCCCAUUCCCAUUCCCUUGGAUGUGGAUGAACAAAGCUUCCCGGAAGCAGCUGUGGGAAUAAAUUCCGACGUGCACUAUAUUUAUGUAUGCAUAAAGGAUGAUUCAGGGACAGGGUGA